GUGUGGUCGGUACAGUGUGUCUAUCCGGAGGAGGGAAUCGUUGCUUGUUGAGACCGAGGGAAACGCGCGCAGUGAGACCGUAGCGUAACCGUCACCGCGUCACAAACAACAACAGCACCUGGACACCUUCUGCAGCGUGCCGACGCGGCACCGAUCGCGCGACCAGCGUUUCCUCCUGCGGCGCCGGAGAGUCCUCGGGGAUCAGCCCCGCGCGAGGACUCCGCGGCUCCAGCCGGAUCGCGCCAGCGCUCAUCCCGGCACGCAGCUAAGCACCGGCUAAAAUUUUUCGCUCACUACCGAAUUAUGCGUGGUGCGAGAUGGUGUGUUCUCUGACCAGCGGCAAGGCCUGCGCCGACAGCGGAGACCCGUGCCCGGACCCGCCAUCGCGCUCCACGCCGGAGACCGGACUCGAGAUCGCCGAGAACAUGUCGUCGUCGCUCAGCGACGCGCACCGACGCAACAACAAUCACCUGGAGGGUGACCGCAGCUCGUCCGCGGGCUCCUCCCUGGGCUCGUGCUCGCCGCCGCCUGCCACGAGCCACUCGCCGCCGCCGCCGCGGCCACCCUGGCUGCACGACUUCCACGCGGCGGCCGCGCCCCAUGUUCUGCAGUUUCUCAAUCUGAGUGCCGCCGGCGGGGGCAUGCUCGGCAGCCAGCCGCUGGCAGCGCUGCACUCCAUGGCAGAAAGGAGUCAUCAGCAGCAGCAACAGCAGCAGCAGCACCAACACCAGCAGCAGCAGCAACAGCAGCAGCAGCAGCAGCAGCAACAACAGCAGCAGCAGCAGCAGCCGCCGCCGCAUCAGCAGCAUCAUCCGCCGCAUCAGCAGCAACAGGGCAUUCAACUGCCGCGCAUCACCGUGCCGCUGUCUACCAUCACGCAAGGCCAAUCGUCGCCAACCGGCAGCGGCAAGCACAGCCCGGCAACCUCCAUCACCUCCGUCGGUAGCAACCCCCACGGAAUCGACACGAUACUCUCGAGACCGGCGGCGGCCCACCCCCAGGCACCGGUACCGCCGUCGCACGCGGCUCUACCGCCGACCCCGCAUCCCCAGCACAUGGCGGCGCCGCGAUAUGCCAUGCACGCCGGUUUCACGGCGUCCUCGGGUAUCGGGCAAUUUCAACAAAGAACAGAACCACGACACCCAGCUGUCUAUUGGCCGGGUCUUCAGGGACUAGUCAGCGAUCCUCUCGCAUGGCGAGCGAGAUUACACACACUGUCGCAACAGCUGGGCUGUCAGCAAGCGAUGACGGGCACGGGCGGCGGCGCCGGGGAACACGAUGGCGGCAAGAAGAAGCACACGAGGCCCACGUUCAGCGGACAGCAGAUCUUCGCCUUGGAGAAGACCUUCGAGCAAACCAAGUACCUAGCCGGCCCGGAGCGCGCUAAAUUAGCGUACGCCCUUGGGAUGUCGGAAUCGCAAGUUAAGGUGUGGUUCCAGAAUCGGCGGACGAAGUGGCGGAAGAAACACGCGGCGGAGAUGGCGACGGCAAAACGGCGGCAAGAGGAAGUCGAGGGCGUCGUCGCCGAGGGUGAGGACGGGUGCAGCGACACGGAGGCCGACGGCGAGGCGCGUAAGUGA